AUGUUCCGCUUCACUGCCUUUGUCGCGCUCAUUUGCGCCGCUUCCACUCUCGCAGCUCCCAUGCCUUCUCCGGAGGGCGCAUCCACACAGAUAGUCGGCACCGUCAAGUGCGCUGCCAAGCCUAGCUACUCUGGCCAGCUCUACCUGGACCAGACCAGCGGCGAGGUGGACAGCAUCACCCUGUCUCAGGGCAAUGUGCGGUACUUGAUCGGCAACAAGAACAACGGUCAAGUCGCACCCAAGUUUGACUUUUACGACUGCCCGAGCACGUUCAUGGGCACCAAGGGUCGGGAGAGCGCAGACUCUCACUACGGACAGAUUCGAUUCGGCGACAAGUGCGUUCGCAUCGUCGAAAAGGCAGACUACCAAGGAGAAAACACUCCCAAGAAGGCCUUUGAGCUCUCCACAUGCUCGUACUCCGAGGACAGCAGUCAGCUCUUCCAAACCUUUGCUUCUUCUGCAAACGGUCACUACAUCGGCUUUGUCCCUGGCCAAGUAGACAGCGGCAAGAACGAGUACGACUACACCGUACAGCCCGGAAGUAGCGCUGAUCCCGCUCUCCAACGCAUCGUCGUCGGCGGUGCUGUUGCCAAGGGACAACCGACCGGCCACUUCUCCAUCGGCAGGCCUUAG